AAUACAAGGGCAUCAAAGUAAAAGUUUCCUAAUCAUGAUUGAUCAACCAUGAUCAAGACCUCUUUUAGAUAUGGCAGUGAUCUUUUGUAUCUAUAAAACCUAAACAAAUCCCUAAUAUCCCUUAAGGAAGCCCUUAAACCCAAUUAAUUUGCAUCCUUCACUAGCUGUCUCUUGUUUUAGCUUCAGCCUCUCUCCAAAUUCCCCUUCUCUUUACAUUUAUAAACACUUCACUUCUUCACCACCAACCUGAUAUACUUGAAACCUUUUUUCGUUUUUAAGCUAUAGCUAGUCAGCUCACCAUGGCCAUGGCUAUUGAUGGGAGCUUUGAGCUUGACUUCUCCGGCUGUAGCACUACCACCACUAGUUCCACUGAAAACGACCAUGACCGUGCUUGUAAUUGGAACGAUUGGUCUCCACUCGUGGACUGGGAAGCCUUGUCAGCUCACCAUGAUGAUUUUCAAGAUCUUAUUGAGUCUAUGAUGGAAGAUGGUGGAUUGCAUCAGAAUCAUGAGACUUGCAACUCAAACCCAAACUCUCCAUCAUCCACUGAUACUAUGGCGAUAGAUGAAGAAACAUCUGGCGAAGAUUUCAAAGGCUUAAGAUUAAUCCAUCUACUGAUGGCAGCAGCUGAGGCACUAACCGGCGUCAAUAAAAGCCGCGAACUGGCUCGGGUGAUAUUGGUUCGGCUCAAAGAAUUGGUUUCCCCUAACGACGGAACCAACAUGGAAAGAUUAGCAGCUUAUUUUACUGACGCCUUGCAAGGCUUAUUAGAAGGCCACGGCACCAGUACCAAACACUUGAUACACAACAGCGGACCAUAUCAGCAUCACCACCACCAUCAUCAAGCAGACACCCUUGCAGCCUUUCAGUUGCUCCAAGACAUGUCUCCAUACGUAAAGUUUGGACAUUUCACUGCGAAUCAAGCAAUUCUUGAAGCUGUAUCGCAAGAUAAAAGAAUCCACAUCGUUGAUUACGAUAUUAUGGAAGGUAUUCAAUGGGCGUCUUUGAUGCAAUCACUUGUUUCAAGAAAAGAUGGCCCGCCAACUCCACAUCUUAGAAUUACUGCUUUGUCAAGAGGUGGCAACAGCGGGAAGAGAUCGAUCGGUACAGUUCAAGAAACGGGCCGUCGUCUUGUUGCUUUUGCCGCUUCUAUCGGCCAACCGUUUUCUUUUCAUCACUGUAGAUUAGACUCCGACGAGUCGUUUAGACCAUCAGCUUUGAAAUUAGUCAGAGGAGAAGCACUGAUUAUGAAUUGCAUGUUACACCUUCCUCAUUUUAGUUACCGGGCACCCGACUCUGUUGCUUCGUUCUUAUCCGGAUCCAAGACGUUAAGCCCGAGACUAGUUACCCUAGUCGAAGAGGAAGUGGGGCCCGUUGGAGAUGGUGGGUUUGUGGGUCGGUUUAUGGACUCAUUAUAUCACUAUUCUGCGCUGUAUGACUCGCUGGAAGCGGGUUUUCCGAUGCAGAGUCGGGCACGGGCGUUGGUGGAAAGAGUGUUCUUGGGGCCCAGAAUAGCCGGAUCAUUGGACCGGAUAUACAGGGGAUAUGGAGAUGAGGAGGGGAGCAGUUGGGGGGAGUGGUCGAGUGGCGCUGGGUUUAGGCCAGUAAAUAUAAGCUUUGCUAAUCAUUGCCAAGCAAAGUUGUUGUUAGGGCUGUUCAACGAUGGAUACAGGGUGGAGGAGUUGGGUUGCAAUAGGUUAGUUCUGAGUUGGAAAUCUAGACGAUUACUCUCUGCUUCCAUUUGGACUUCUCCUUCUUCCGACUGUGAUUUGUAAUUUUUAUUUUUAUUUUAUCUUGUUAUUUGGAUAUUUACUAGUUUCUUUAAUUUUCUAGCACAUAAAAUUGUAAGAAAUUUGAGCCUCUGUGACUAUUAUUUUUA